UCUACUUGGGGUGACGUCCCCACUGCUGGUUGUGUCACCAUCACGGCCACACACCAUCAUGGACCAGUUGUUGAGGGUGAUGCUGGUCACCCUCACCCUGCCGCUCCUCUCAACACCAACUACCACUGCUACUGCUGCUGGACACAACAAUACACCAACAGUCACAGGUACAACUCAGGAAGAACAUCAUCAUAUAGGUGUUAAGUUGCCUCGUCCACCCCGUGAUGAUGAUGGCUCUCUGGCGCCUCUGUGUCAACACCUGCCCUGUGAAACUCUACAGGCUGCCGGGAGACUCCGCAUCCCUGCCAUAGUGAGCUUAAUGAUCUUACACAAGGACUUCACAGGUGAGUCCUGGGCUCCGAGACUCGUGUUCCUCGACGAAGACAACAAUGAGUGUGGGUGUGUGGACGUGAGUCUAAGUAAGGAUAUAUUAGUCCAGGUAAAAUACAUCUGUCGUGGAGCACCAGCUGACUCGGCUCUUCUACCACUGGCGAUGUACACAACAGAAGGAUGGAUACAUAUUAAACUGGUGAAAAACGACGAAGGACUAAACAUUACUUUACUCAAGCCAGACGGCAGGACGCCCCUAAAAAUAAUGUCCUUACUUGGUGUUUUGUCUGAUUAUGUACGAGUAAACAAUGUACCACAGUUUGGUUACUCCAAGUUGGUUCACUACAACCAAAACACAACUGCCUCCAGCCUACCACAGCCACUGUCACAGACUGCCGGUCAGCGAACCGCUAACUUAGGUCAUAGUUAUGGGCAUGGCACUACAGGGCAAGCUGCUGCUGGUUACAGCGGUGAAGCACAAAACGCCUCAAGCCACACUGCUGAGGGUCUUGCAGCAAGUCUUCACAACUACGCCAGUGACAACAGUCUUUACGCGGCCGUCAAGACUACAUAA